AGCAUGAUCGUGGUGGUUUCUGCUAUUCGUUUCUCCAGCCUCCUGGGGCCGGACGGGGCUUCGGGGCAUCCUGAAGCAGGGCUUUGCGCCCUCUUAAUUGGAGACAAGAACCGAAAUCAAAUGGCGGUGCUCAACGCUGGAACAUAUUGCAAUAAAGGGCCUGAAGGAUGUUUGAGCGACCAUCAUGGGCCACGCCCUAUGCACCUGCUCAAGAGGGACCAUCACAAUCAGUAACAAACGUUAUCUUUUAAUCCACAGGCUUGGGGAGGGUGGCUUUAGCUAUGUGGACCUAGUUGAGGGGCUGCACGAUGGGUGCUUCUAUGCACUGAAACGCAUCAUAUGCCAUGACAAGGAUGAUCGCCAGGAGGCCCUGCAUGAGGUGGAGAUGCACCUGCUCUUCGAGCACCCCAACAUCCUCCCACUGUGUGCACACACCAUGGUUGAGAGGGGAUCCAAACACGAAGCUUGGCUCUUGUUGCCCUUCCUCAAGAGAGGAACCCUCUGGCAGGAAGUUGAAGUUCUAAGAGAGAAAGGCAUCUUUAUGCCUGAGGAGCAGAUCCUCACAAUCCUUCAUGGUAUCUGCCGGGGCUUGCAGGCCAUUCAUAACAAAGGUUAUGCACACAGAGACUUGAAACCAACAAAUGUGCUGCUGGAUGAUGAGGACCAACCAUUGCUGAUGGACUUGGGCUCCAUGAAUCAAGCGCGGAUUGAGGUGCGGAGCUCACGGGAGGCCAUGGCUGUUCAGGACUGGGCUGCCCAACGCUGUACCAUCUCAUACAGAGCACCAGAGCUGUUCACUGUUGAACGUGAAUGUGUUAUUGAUGAACGUACUGAUAUUUGGUCCUUAGGCUGUGUUCUGUAUUGCAUGAUGUUUGGCGAGGGCCCUUAUGAUAUGAUCUUCCAAAAGGGUGACAGUGUAGCCUUGGCUGUGCAGAACCACCUCACUGUGCCCCAGAAUACCAGGUACUCACCUGCCUUGGAACAUCUCCUCUCCUCUACAAUGGUGGUAAAUCCCCAAGAGCGUCCAUACAUUGCUAAUGUUAUCUGCCAGCUUGAAGCCAUACAACCAGCUCCUGCUGGACAGGACACCACACACAUCUGAGCCGCUUUUGUGGUGAAGAUGGGGACCAUAAAAGAGUUGCAGACCAUAUGGGACUUCAGGCAGUUUGAAACAGACUUGACAGGGUCCUCUUGUGGUUUUGGGGAAGGUGGAUGAGAAGGAACCAUUCUGUGCCUGCCUCCUUCCGGAAUUAUCAUGCAACAAGGCCACUUCCUGCCUUGAGCUCUGUCAUUCUUGCUAGUAUUCCAGCUACAAGGGACCCAAAAUAUCUCACACUGGUGGGGUGAUAUAAAAGAUAUGCAGGUUUUCAUACCCAAGUACGGACUCCAGGUGAGCUGUUAAGGAGGGGCUGGUGCCCUACUCGUUUUGGUACAGGCAAGCUCUUAGUGCCUGUCUGCUGAAUAAAGUCCUAACACAGCUUUGUCAAUGCAGUAACUGUCUGCUUGAAAACGUGCAAGUCACCAUGGGAGAGAGAAGGCAGGGGAGGAAAGAGAAUGGUAAUCCAGUCCUUCCACUUUUGGCCACUUCCUGUUCUGCAACAGCCAGCUUCCUUAUCUUCUGUGCCUAGUGCAGCUGUAUUCUGUAUACAUUAACAAUUGGCUUGUUUUGUAUACUUUAGGCUUCUGCAUGAUUAACAGGUGCAGAAUAAAGUACUGUACAGGGCAGAA